AUGUCUUCCAACCUCAAGACGACAACGACACAAGAUGCUUGCAAAAUCAAAAUCGCAGCAUACCAGCAGGAUAUUGAGAGUUCUGUCCAGCGAGCUUUUCUUCUGCGCGGAAGCCCCUCUUCGUCUGGAUACUCGAAGGUAGUCGUACAGUUCAUGCACUUCCUGAACAACGACAUCGUCGGUGUACGAGAACUAGAGAAAGAGCUGGGGGAUAUCUUCAAGAAGGUGUAUCAUUACGACGUAAGAUACAAUACGAUUGGUGGUGCAAAUACGAAGUAUGCAUCUGUCACGCUGGAGGUCAAUUCUCUCCUGAGUGAUCUCGCGGAGCCCGAGGAGUAUGGUUCUGCUGGCAAUCUGAUCAUACUGGUUUACUCUGGCCAUGGAGAAAAGGUCAAGCAUAAUGGAGUAAACCAACUCCGGGUAUCGGGUACCUCCGACGGUCAAGCACCGAAUUUCUUCUGGAAUUCGGCAGUUAGUCUGCUGGAUGGUAUUCCAAGCGACAUCUUGCAGAUACUGGACUGCUGCUGCGCUGCAGAAGCAUUCAGGUCCAUCGAAAGCGAAUUCCUGACAGCUUGUUCGGCGACAGAGAUCGCUGGGGCCGACGUAGCCACCAGUUUCACGAAGGCUCUAAUCGAGCAGCUCAAGAUCUGCAACGGUAACCCCUGGACCACGUCGGCUAUCUACAGCCGGAUUGUCCAUAACAAAAGCAAGUUCGGACUCUCAGUUACUCCAACCUAUCUCCCCCGUAACGACACCCACCCUCCCAUCCUCCUUCGCAGACUGGGAAACAUCGCAGCUCCUCCUCCUGUCACGCUCAGAGAUGAGAGCGAAGAGCCGAGGGUGAUCAUUACGGCUCACAUCGAAGAGAAGAUCACAGCAGAGACCGUCAGGCAAUUGAAGAUCUGGCUCGAAACUCGUAUGCCUGCAAAGCUAUUGAAGCUGAAGGUCGACUUCGCUGGUGUCUAUGACACAGAUUCCAGUCUGCUGGAGUUCAGGAUUCCAGUGGUGGUCUGGGCAAUGUUGCGAGAUGAUCCGGCAUAUCGGUUUGUCAGUUUUAGCAGAAGUGGUAACAGAUUGUUGGAUUUGGCGCAGAGCAACAGUAGCACUUUGGUAUCUCGACCUGUCUCUGGAUACGAGAACAUGAAGCCUGGCUCGCCUUCUAAGUAG